CCGAUGCUCUCCGUCCAGCCCAAAGGGAAGCAGAAGGGCUGUGCGGGCUGCAACCGCAAGAUCAAGGACCGCUACCUGCUGAAGGCACUGGACAAGUACUGGCACGAGGACUGUCUCAAGUGUGCCUGCUGUGACUGCCGCCUGGGCGAGGUGGGCUCCACCCUCUACACCAAGGCCAACCUCAUCUUGUGCCGACGCGACUAUCUGAGAUUUUGUGUGGGAGACAAAUUCUUCCUGAAGAACAACAUGAUCUUGUGUCAGAUGGACUAUGAGGAGGGACAGCUCAAUGGCACCUUUGAAUCCCAGGUUCAGUAA